UAUGAUGUUUGUGCCAAACCAGAUUUAAAUCAUUCAUUAAUAAUCGUUUUUGUAUAUUUGUUAUUAGAACACUUUAUCCGUGUUGAUUAUUUUAAAACAACUCUGACUAAUCUUAUGAAUCAAUAUUACCUAUAUUAAUAAACCAAUGCAUACGAUUUCCUGGUUGACACAGAUGGACAUCUUUAGUCACAUGUCAGCAAAAAAAUGUAUGACAUCACGACUAGAUAACUGACUCGUCUCUGUCUUGAUAAAGUUACUGCUGAACAAACACUCUUCAUUUAACAUGGAGGUGGACACGGAACGACAGGAGCGCUACUUUAUUGUAGUGAGGAGAAGCAAGAAGGGCUUAUCUCGCGGGUCAAUUUUGCGCGCGGAUGCUGAGACAGCCGCUGGAGAUCUCAUAGGAAUGGUUUAUGGCGGAGGUGGCAUUACCAGGAGCAGUGGUUCGGUGAAGAAAGACGACACAUACCCUCUCUCACGCCAUCAAGCUCAGCUACUUUUGUUCGUUUCUCCUGCCAGCAGGAGACUGGAGCUCAUGUGCAACGUCCAGCUCUUCAGUGCAGUCUGUGACCUUACUCAGGAUGAUCUUGUUGUGGUCAAACACAAGAAGGAUUUUCAACCAUGCCUGGUCAAGAAUCUGGUUCAAGUAGGCAAGGACAAACCAGGAGUCUUGCAAAUGCUGGGAUUUGAGCUGAGCUUAAUGGAGGGUGAGGAGGAUAUUUUGUUGAAGAAGACUGUCCCUCUUCCCUUCUUCAGUGCAGCCGACAUUGUCCAAGUGGUUCCAUCACAUUCAAACACCAGACAACCACUGAGAAUCAGCAGUGAUUUGGGUUUGAACAGCAAAGCAGUGUCUCGCAUAUAUUCCAUGCCAGCUCUUAACUUCCGCAAUGCAAAAAAAGGAAGUACCUUCUCCAACAAGAAUGUGUCCAACUCCAUUCAGGCCAUGUCCCAUUAUUCUUUGGAGGUAGGGUCCAUGGCAGAGGUCAUAUCUUUGAAUGGACUGACUGUAUAUGGGGUGAUAAGAUGGAUUGGAGUUCCAGAUGGAAAGAAAAAUUACUGGGCAGGACUUGAACUGGACAAUGAAGUGACGACUUGUUCGGAUGGGACGCUUGGUACAAUACGGUAUUUUACCUGUGAAGGAAACAAAGCCUUGUUUGUGCCAUUGACCAACUGCAAACCAGACAGUAGAUUUCUGUUCAUUUCAAAUGAGAUCCAGAAACCACUUGAACCUCCCUCAGUCACACUCCUGGAAGAUUUGGAUGAAGAUGUUCCCCCUGUUGCUGAGCAAGAUGUUUUGUCUCAUCUGGUGGGCAGAAUGAGGGGGAUCCAAGGUCACUUUAACUCUUGCUAUUUAGAUGCCACUCUCUUUAGUCUCUUCACGUCAUCCAUAGCUUUCAGCAGAAUGUUUAACAGAUCAGCCGAUAGCGAGGAAGGCAUUUCACACAUUUUAAGACGGGACAUUGUGAACCGUUUACGCAGAUCGGGCUUUGUUCCAGCAGAUAGUGUGAUGAAGUUUCGUAAACAGUUGGGCUGCAAAUCUUUUGCUACAGAUGAGAAAGAUCCAGAGGAGUUCAUCACCCUUCUAUUAAAGCAUGUUUUACACAUAGAGCCAUUGCUCAAAAUCAGGUCACGUGGAGAGUUGUCACAGGAUGCCUAUACGCAUCAGAUCAUUGUAGAGAAGAAUCAGAUGGGAGCCGUGCCUUCAGUUCAACAGCUGCUUGAGAUGUCUUUAGUAUCAAGUGAUCUGAAGUUUGGAGAGAUUCCAUCUUGCCUUAUAGUUCAGAUGCCACGAUUUGGUAAGAAGUUCAAGAUGUUCCCUAAAAUCAUUCCCUCAACGGAGCUGGACAUCACAGAUGUCUUACAUUGUUCUCCUCGGGAGUGUUUUGUGUGUGGUCAUCUAGCUGAAUAUGAGUGUGGCCAGUGCCUGAUGGACCAUAAGCUCCAGCCAGGCAAAAUUAAGCAGUAUUGCUCUACCUGUAACACACAGGUUCACACUCAUACCUCCCGACAGGAACACACUCCUCACAAACUUACAGUUCCAGAUCAUCUUCCAGAAGAUGCUUCAAUACAGAGGCACCAGAUGCAACUCUUUGCAGUUCUCUGUAUAAACACCAGCCAUUAUGUGUCUUUUGUCAAAUAUGGGGCUGACUCACGCUCAUGGAUCUUUUUUGACAGCAUGGCUGACCGAUGCGGUGAUGAUAACAAUGGCUACAACAUUCCCGUGAUCAGGUCCUGCCCUGAGGUUGGAGACUUCCUUUCCCAGUCUGAAGAGGAGAUCUCCACAGCAGAUCUGAGUCAGUGCAGUGAGCUGGUGAGCAGACUGCUGUGUGAUUCAUACAUGUGUCUGUAUCAGAGAACAACACAUUUGUGAUAUCUUUGAACUACUGUGUCUUAAUAUAUCUAUUGUGUCAUUGCAUCAUGAGAGUUGCUUUGCUAUGUACUUUAUAAAAAUGUUCUUGAGAUUUAUAAUGGAAGUUUAUUUGUAUAUAAAAGGGCUCCCAGCUGUACAUAAGACGGUUUAUCGGGCAGAGAUAUGCAUUUGAACAAUCAGCAAUAUAAUUUGAUUUAAUAUGACAAAUAGUUCCAGGAUGUCAUGGUUCAGUGUCAUUUUUUAUUUGGUUUAUUCUUUAGAUAAUUUGUACUUUAUUAACAUAUUCUAUUUUUAUUGAAAAUUAUUAAAGUUGUAGGAUGUUUAUAUUUGCAUUAAAACAUUGUUGUACCAAUUCCACAUGUCUGUAUUCAUUUUAUCCAUAGUAGAUAUUAUGUUAUGCAGAGUUUAACUUUCUUAACUUUUACUCUUUGUUUCAUUUUUGUAUAUUUUACGCUUUAUUGUUUACAAGUAUAGGUUACAGAAGCAAAUUACCUAAAAAAAUGAAGUAGAAAAUAUUAGUAAUUUAUAAUAUCUGGGAGAAUUAUGAGUAUUGGUGGGAUAUAAUGUAAGGCGUAGCUGAAUAGAAUUAUGGGCAAUGACGCCCUCUAAUGGAAACACCAGCAUUGAGUCCGAUAACAAUGUUUACAAAGACUUUAGCACGUUCUAAUCUAAACUGUGACGUCUGAUUCUUUACGAAUCGUUCUUUUGAAUUGAUUUGCCAAACAACUGAAACGAACUUUUGAUUAUGUUACAUUACAUUAUAUUAUUGUAUACAUUAAAAUAUUGUUUCUGAAACAA